CCAACAUAGCACAGGUUUCCUGGUUGGACUUGUGUUUGUGCUGGGAGGAGUCACACAUACCUGGCAACACCAGCAGUCGCUUUGUUAACACUUCGUUGAGCCAAGAUGGCAGACUUCGAAGAGCUCAGCGAUGAAGAGAAGGUCCGUAUUGCAGCCAAUUUUGUGAUGCACGCUCCUCCAGGAGAGUUCAAUGAAGUCUUCAAUGAUGUGCGAAUACUUCUCAACAAUGAUAAUCUUCUCAGGGAGGGCGCGGCUCAUGCCUUUGCCCAGUACAACAUGGAUCAGUUCACUCUUGCCAAAAUUGAUGGAUAUGAAAAUCAGGUCCUGAUAACGGAGCACGGAGACCUGGGUAAUGGCCGCUUCUUUGACCCUCACAACAAGAUCUCCUUUAAGUUUGACCACCUGAGAAAGGAAGCCAGCGACCCCCAGCCCCAUGAGGGCGAGGCAGCCCUCAGGUCAUGGAGAGAAGCCUGUGAUUCUGCCCUUAGGGCCUACGUCAAGGAGCACUACCCUAGUGGAGUUUGCACAGUUUAUGGGAAAACAAUUGAUGGCCAGCAGACCAUUAUCGCUUGUAUCGAGAGUCAUCAAUUUGAGCCUAAAAACUUCUGGAACGGUCGCUGCCGGUCCGAAUGGAAGUUCUGUGUCUCACAAUCUACAGCACAGGUGGUUGGAGUCAUGAAAAUACAGGUACAUUAUUAUGAGGAUGGAAAUGUGCAGCUGGUCAGCCAUAAAGAUGUACAGGAAGCACUGACUGUGUCUAAUGAGAGCCAGACUGCAAAGGAGCUUGUGAAAAUUAUUGAGGAUGCAGAGAAUGAAUACCAGGUGGCCAUUAGUGAGAACUAUCAGACCAUGUCGGACACGACGUUCAAGGCCUUACGCAGACAGCUCCCUGUCACCCGCACCAAGAUUGACUGGAACAAGAUUCUCAGCUACAAGAUUGGCAAGGAGAUGCAGAAUGCUUAGACGACAGAGGCUGUCGGGGUCACGACAACAACAAAUUAGAGAGAUGCUGACGCUCGCGCAAACAUGUGACGCAACAUAACAUACUGUAUGUCCCUCUAAAAGAGACAUAUGUUUGGGUUUUAUCCAGAGAAUGAGAGCUUCCAUUAUGCACUACGAGGGGAUGCCUUCAUUUUAAAAUGACAUUGAGUGAUGUAAUUGUCGCUCAUUUGCAAACAUUUUUUUUAACAAAUAAUACCCAUAGUGACACUGUGAAAGCUUACCUCUGCUAUUUGAAUUUUCACACAUGUUAAAGGGACAGUUCACCCCAAAAUCAAAAAUACAUAUUUUUCCUCUUACCUAUAUUGCUAUUUAUCUAUCUACAUUUUUUUGUUGUGAGUUGCCGAGUUUUGGACAUAUCGGCCGUAGAGAUGUCUGCCUUCUCUUGAAUAUAAUGGAACUAAAUGGCACUCAGCUCGUGGUGCUCAAAGCACCCAAAAAAUACAUUUGAAAAACUCAACAGCAGUGUCUCUUUCCAGAAAUCAUGAUCCGGUUACUCAAGAUGAUCCACAGAUUUGUUGUGAGCAGUUUCAUGUAGGAACUAUCGGUAGAAAGAAAAUAGCUCCUACAUGAAACUGAAACAUCUAUAUAUGUAGAUGGAUAAAUCGCACGACAGGUAAGAGGGAAAAUGUGUAUUUUUUUUGAUUUUGGGGUGAACUGUCCCUUUAAACACACACCGUUUCGGAUCCCUGAGUGCUUCAAAUGGACACACAUCCUCUCAAAACCCUUGACUUUCAUGUAGCAACUAAUUUCCACUCUAUAUGACAUAACUGAUAUUCUUUAAGAGCUUCCAAUACCUCUAUAGUUUUUUAUUAACAGAGGGCAAAUACUGUAUGCAAUUUGAUAUGUUAACUGACUGGAGAGAGACUUGACAGCACCAAAAUAUACAGUUUCCAUUUUGGUCUGAAUAUCCCUUUUGUUCAUAUUUCUGUGACAUUGUCGGUGAUAUUCCCUCUAUACCCCCCUGGACUGACACAGUAUUGGUGUUCUUCUGCCAGCUGUUUGCCUUUAGCUUUUGCUAUAUUUUUUAUACAAACUGUAAGUACAUUUAUUAUUCAUGAAAUAAAAAUAAUGUCUUCAAGCAA